AUGGCAUUAGACUAUAAAGUAAAUGAGUCAGAUUCUCCACUUAGAUUUAGAGGUCAAACAAAUGAUCAAUCAAAUAAUAAAAAUAGUAAUAGUAAUAGUUGUAGUAAUGAUACUAUCAUUUCGAACACUACAACAUUAAAUAAUAACAAUAAUAAUAAUAAUAAUAAUAAUAAUAAUAAUAAUAGUGGUAAUAGUAGUAUAAAUACUACUAGUAGUGAUUGCGAUCAAAAUAAUAAUCAAAUAGAUGGUUCGGUUACAAAUGAAAAGAUUAUUAUAAUAGAUAAUGAUAUGAUUCAAGAAAUUAAGGAUACUACUAAUCAAGUGGAAACUUCUAUCUCUGAAGAGACAUCAGGUUCAGUAUCAUGUAAUAAACCAGUCCUGGAAUCAUGUUGUUCCCCGGCUACUCCGUUUCAAAGAAGAUUACAAACUUUGGCUAUUGCAUUCCAUAUAUCUACAAUACCUGGUUUCAUUAUUCUGACUCUUUUCUUACUGUCCUUCCCCAUUUUUUGGGUCUUACUAAUACCGUAUUUCAUUUAUUAUGUUUUUGACAGGACUCCUGCUAACGGUAAUAUAUAUAAAAGAUAUUCCCCCUGGUUUAGAUCACUGCCCAUAUGGACUUAUUUAUGCGACUAUUUCCCUCUGAAAUUACAUAAAUCCUGCAAUUUGAUUCCCACUUUUAUUGAUCCAAAGAAAAGAUUCUCCGCUACGGGGCCUCGUUAUAUCUUCGGUUAUCAUCCUCAUGGAAUAGGUGCUCUUGGUGCCUUUGCUACUUUUGCUACCGAGGGCUGUGGUUGGUCAAAACUAUUUCCUGGGAUCCCUGUGUCUUUACUAACUAUCGUUACACAAUUUCAAAGUCCAUUAUAUAGAGAUUAUUUGAUGAUCCUAGGGAUAACAUCUGUGUCUAAGAAAAAUGCUUUGAAGGUGCUGGACACUAACCAAUCCAUAUGUAUUGUGGUUGGAGGCGUUAGAGAGUCAUUAUUAGGCUCUACUGAUUCCAUUGAACUGAUUCUAAAUAAAAGAAAAGGUUUUAUUAAAUUGGCUUUACAGACAGGUAAUGUCAGUUUGGUUCCCGUGUUUGGGUUUGGUGAAACCAAAUGUUUUAGAGUCUAUGAGACUGAAAAGGGGUCUGUUUUGAAUAAAUUUCAGAUUUGGGUCAAACAAAAAGUAGGUUUUACCAUACCUAUUUUCUUCGCUAGGGGCUUGUUUAAUUAUGAUUUUGGUUUGAUUCCAUUUAGAACCCCCUUGGAUAUUGUCGUUGGGAAACCAAUAUAUAUCAAAGAAAGAUAUGAUCAUCCAAAUCAAACUAUAAUUGAUCAUUACCAUAAACUCUACGUUGAUGAAUUGAAAAGAAUUUACUACUCUAACAGAGAUAAAUUUGAUUGUGGGAACGUUGAAUUGGAAAUAGUUGGUUGA